UUAUUCCUGGAAAGGUCCUCACAGCAUUUACCUUCUAAAUGGUUUCAUUGAGCCACAGCACAGAAUGCUCAGAGGACUGGAAGCCCUGCCAUGUGAAGAAAGGCUGAAAGAGCUGGGUUUGUUCAGCCUUGUGAAGAGAAGGCUUAGGGGAGACCGUAUUGCCAUGUACCAGUACCUAAAGGGUGGCUACCAGGAGGAUGGAGACUUGUUUUAUACAAAAAGUCACAUGGAAGAGACAAGGGGCAAUGGGCACAAGUUACUCCUGGGGAGAUUCCAAUUGGAGUCCAGAAGAAAAUUUUUCCCCAUGAGAACAGUUAGACAUUGGAAUAACCUCUUAAAGGAGGUGAUGGAUUCCCCUGCACUGGACAGUUCUCAGACUCAGCUUGACAAGGUGCUGGACCAUCUCAUUUAAACUCUGCUAUUACGUGGAAAGGUUGGGCUGGAUGAUUCUUGGGGUCCUUUCCUAGCUUGGCAUUCUGUGAUACACAAAGCUGAUGUACAAGGUGCUCUACCUUAUUAUCUCCUUCUGUAUGGAUAAUGUGGUGUCUGCUGGGAAAGUGGAGUUAUCAUUGUAGUGUAAGGGCAUCUUAUGUCUCCUUCAGCAUUUACACAACUAAUUGCUAGGCUGUAAGAUACUGUGCUGCAGAUAUGCAGCCAGGUGACUAUGUGGCAGCUUCCUUGGGGGUAAACAGUGAGAGAGAAGAGCUGUGCUGCUACAUCACUACCAGUUCUAGUGUCUGCAGCACUUGGAUCUCUCCCAAGGGGCCUCUCCUAUGCGUAUUGACCCAACCUGACCCUGCUUGUCUUGCAAGAACUGCCUGGAUCACAGCUGAAGGUGGUAGGGCUGUAGGCAUGAAAGUGUAAGGUCUGACACCAGUUGUAUCAACAAGCAGGAAGCAUUACACUGUUCUGUCUUCUUGAAUUCUGAAGCCAAAACAUUUGUGUGCUUCUCUUUUCAUUUGUUAUCAGUAGAGCAUAUUUAACAGUUGUUGAAAAACUACAGAUAAGCAACACUCACCAAAAGAAAGAAAGGAGAAAAAAAAAAAAAGGUCAAACCCCCUUAAUUAAGCUGUUUCCAUAAUAUUUUUCUUUAUUCUGGGUGGAUAUAAACAUGGGCAGAAUACCUUCAUGUUUUUUUGACAGGAUCAUUCAGCGUUAGACUGAAGUGACUUCAUUCUGGAGGGAUGUGAGGAGCUCCAGUUUGCCAUGGUCACAGAUGAUUUCUGUAGUGUUAGCAAGACUUUGAGUGAGUGAUAUACCAAAAGGCUUGUAGGGUCAAAAAUUCCCUAUGGACCAGAGGACAGUUAUGUGUAUGUGGAGAAGAGAAUAUCACUGAAUUUUGGUUACUUCAGCUUGGACUUAGUGUGUAGUUUUGGUCUGAUCACUUGAGCUGAGAUUUCAGAUCACUGACAUUUCAGGAGUGGGGUGUUGUUUUUUUGUUGAUUUGAUUUUUGCAUAAUGGAUCAAGGGUUUGUUUUUUUUCUUAUGAGCAUGUAGUGCUGAUGGGGUUUAGCAGGGCUGGUUUUGGGGCAUAACUGAAGGUAUAAUGCAGCCCUUUGUGUUUAUGUAUACAUGAGAACAGAAAUACUUUUAGUGAUUUAUCUUCUCCCUUGGAGUGCAUGCUCUUUUUAAAGCUUUGGUUUUGUUUGGUUUUAUACACCAAAAGUGCUUUGUUUUUUUUCCUUCUGUUUUUCUCUUUCUGUUGCAGAAACUGACUGGCCAAAGAUCUAUUUGACUUCAGGUUUUCUUUUUCGAGGGGUUUUGAAUGCUCUGUGGGAAGCCUGGCCUCAACCAGCCAAGCUGUGACCAUUCUUGCUUAAAGAAAAGGCUGCGCUUAGACCACAUCUGUGGCCCACGUCAGAUAUAUGUUGGGGAAAGGAGGAAAGCGGAAGUUUGAGGAGCAUGAAGAUGGGUUGGAAGGCAAAGUGGUGUCUCCCACUGAUGGUCCCUCUAAGGUGUCUUACACCUUACAGCGUCAGACUAUCUUCAACAUUUCCCUUAUGAAACUGUAUAACCACAGGCCCUUAACCGAGCCCAGCUUGCAAAAGACAGUUUUAAUUAACAACAUGUUAAGGCGCAUCCAGGAAGAACUCAAACAAGAAGGCAGCUUGAGGCCCGUGUUCGUGACCGCGUCGCAGCCCGCCGACCCCCUCGGUGACAACUUCCGCGAGGCCCAGCCGGCGUUCAGCCACCUCUCCCAGCCCCUCCUCCCCACUGACUUGGUAAGCACUACGCCUCUGGAGUCCUGCCUCACCCCGGCCUCUUUGCUGGAGGACGACACUUUUUGCACUUCCCCGGCUGUCCAGCACGAUGGUCCGACAAAGCCGCCACCUCCUGCUCUCCAACCAGUAAAGGACAGCUUCUCCUCAGCCUUGGACGAAAUCGAGGAGCUUUGUCCAGCACCUACCUCUGCAGAGGCAGUAGCAGCCCAAACAGGAGCCCACGACUCUAAGGACCACCCCAGCGAGUCCAGCGUUCAAAAGCCAGAGGGCUUCCCAGAGAGCAGAACAGCUGAAUCGAAACUCAUGGACUCCCUCCCUGGCAACUUCGAGAUAACGACUUCCACAGGGUUCCUCACAGACUUGACCCUGGAUGACAUUCUGUUCGCUGACAUUGAUACGUCCAUGUAUGAUUUUGACCCCUGCACAUCUGCCACGGGGGCUGCCUCAAAAAUGGCUCCUGUCUCUGCAGACGAGCUCCUCAAAACUCUCGCUCCCUACAGCACUCAACCCGUAACUCCAAAUCAGCCUUUCAAAAUGGACCUCACAGAACUGGAUCACAUCAUGGAGGUGCUUGUUGGGUCUUAAAAAAACAAACAUAAGAAAUAGAGCAAAGUUUUGUUUUGGGCUUUUUUUUUUUUUUUUAGGUUUUUUGGUUUGUUUUGGGUUUUUGAUUUGAAUUCUUCUUUUUAAGUACCAGUAUAUACAACUCGGUAGUAUUUCCAUAGUCCCUUCCCGGCGCCGAUUUCACAGCACUGUGCAUGCGUCCUUUGCUUGCCUUUCUUUGGAAGAGAAAAGGAUCACACUAAGUUUUUUGCUUCAAGCAGAGUUGGAGUGCCUUCAUCCACGUAUGACCACUUCUAAUGUAUUAUUAUUAUUAUUAUUAUUGUUGUUGUUGUUGUUAUUAUUAUUGCUAUUACUAUUUUGUCGUUGGUUUUUAAAAGUGGUUCCUCAAGGAAGACUGAAAAUCCUGGUAUAGAAAAGAAUAUUGUAAAACAAUGUUAUUACCAAAAAAAAAACACAAACAAACAACAAACCAACAAUAACCCCCACCAAAACAAAAACAAAAACAAAAAUAAUCCAAACACAACCAACAAAAAAGGAAAAAAAAAAAAAGAAAAGAAAAAAAAGGGGAAAAAAGGAAAAAAAAUCCAUAAAAAAGGAAAAAAAACUUAAAAAAGGAAAAAAUAUUGUCAAAGCUAAGCACAAGGAUUAUGUUGGGGAAAGCUGUAAAUUGCAUGUGCAUAUUUGUCUAUUUUUUCUAUAAGUUUUAUUGCAAGAGGUUAAAAACAACAAAAAAAAAAAACAAACAAAGAAUUAUUAUUUAGAUAAUCUCCAGCCCAUUUUAGCCCUGUCUAGGUUGACUCAGCAACUCAGCCUUUUUUUGGGAGGCAUUAACCUGCUCCUCUUUUAAGUGUCGCAUUUACAUGGCUGGUUAGGGAAAAAAAACAACAAACAAACCAACCCAACAAACGAAAAACUGCUGCCCAAAUUUAUUUUCUAUUUUUGUACAGAUUCUGCAGUUUAUGAGAUUGUUUUUUCUAAAAAAAAAUAAAUAAAAAAGGCAAAAAAAAAAAAGCGCCAAACCAACCCCCCCAAAAAAAACCACCCAAAUAAAUGCUGUUUAUACACACAGAUAUGGAGAAAAAAAAGCUACUUUGAUAGGAUUUGCUCACGUAGUUCCUGCAUACUGCGGCUGUACAAGCACCACUUGUACUUUUAUACAGAGUUGUAAUGUUUUAUAUGUGUAUGGUGCAAAGAGAUAACAGAAAGAAUUGGAUCAAAUAAGCCUGCGGCCGGUUUCCCUGAAUGCAAACAAAACAAAAAGUGCUUUAAGAAAGGGCUGGGAGCUUACUUCUGUAGGAGUUUCACAAGUGUUUGCUCCCUGCUGUUACCCACUGCGCACUACUGUGAUUCCCCAAACUCAGAGCCAUGUUCCUUUUCCAACACCUAUGUGAAGCAGUCGGCAGGAAACAGUUGUGGAACUUGACACCCAGAGGUUCCCUGAGCGCCACCACCAUCACCACACGGCUGCAACCUCCCCGCCCUGGCGCUGGGACUGUGUCCCCUUGCUGGGAGCAUCCCUCCUGCGUGACCUGGAGCGCCUUAAGCCGGCGGCCAAUUAGCACUUCCUCCCCGGAAGCUCUGGGGAAUGGCUUUUGAGGGGGAAGGUGCCCGGUGCCCACUGAGAGCCACCCUCUGGCUGCAAUCUUCCUAGCAUAGGGGUGCGUGUGUGCACGGAGCGGGCAGAAGACUGGCGUCAACAGCAUCCACGUGCCCUUUCUUGGAGCAUUUCUCCUUACCUUUUCCCCACCUCACUGUGCUAAGUGCUGAAAAAGAAAAAAAAAAAAAAAAAAAAAGGCAACUUCAGUAUUAACUGCAGUGAAGCAUCUCUUACCUGCACUGGAUGGACUCGCUCUGACAUCCAUUGCCGCUGAAACUGGAGCCAGUCGUGGUGUGCCGCUCGGCAUCUCGCCUAGGGUCGGGUUCUCGCAGCAGCUGUCUUACCUGCUUUACACUUUAUGGACCUGUUUGAUAACCAAGAGACAGACACAGCUUUUCUAUGCAUGGUCCUGCUCCCCAGCGACGCCCCCACAGGUCUUCUCAUCACUGCACCGAUCGCUUUGUCGUCCUUUUAAGUUCUUUGGGGUGUACCUUUCAUUUAAGAGGCAAACUGCUGGCGACUUACCACGCCUGCCACCGCCGUGUGUUUUAGUUCCCCGAUGGUACUUUGAGCUGUUUGAGCACCAGUUCCAACGCGUAGUGUUGACAUGCCCCUAUGGCUUCUGUAGGAGUAACUUUUUGUAUUUAUUUAAGGAAUUGUUAAAUUAUGUUUGACUUCAUUUGGCAAUAUUCAGUCCGUUCUGCUCCCUUCUUGUCAAGGAUGAAAUUGGGUCUCGUCUGCCUUUGUGAAGGGGGCGGCUUUGUUUGUGUAGUGGCACUUUAAAGCAGGCCAUAGCUGUAUUUAUUAGUGUGUAGGUAGGUAGAUGUGGUGUAGGUGUGGACACUGUUUAGCAGUGAAGGAACUCCUCAUACAACUGGAGCGUGGCACCUGUGCUUACAAAGCUGCAGUCAUCAGCCAGGGUGAGCUGGGGGAAGCUGGCUGAGUGUGUUUGCUUCUGCUUUUCUUCCAACACCAUGCAGCAAAAGGAUGCUGAGAGAUUUCAGUCUAGGUAAGGAAACAACUGCGGAAGUUAUUGCUUUGGCUAGGAAAAGCAUUGACCAAGUGUAGCUCUAGGGACCAUCAGAAUUGAGGAGGUGGGGAACGAGAUGGUCUUGCACCCAGCAGCAGCCAGACCUCACUCAGCUGCUCUCCUUGGUCCUUGUGAAAUGAAACAGCCCUGAUGGAUUCUGCAUCUCUUGGGAGUGACUAGGGACACCCUGACCAUGUGGGAGUUGUGUGUCUGCACCACCACCAUGCUGCCUGAGCACCUUGGUAAGCAGCUGCAUCACCUUGGUCAAAUCUGACUUACAGUAUGCUGGAGCUGCUGGGGGUUUUAUUUUGGGGUUACUUAAUGCAUUUAACCAAAUCCUAUCUGCUGGGCGAAAAUUCACCUCACUGCCAUCUUUUGUGCUGUUGAGUGAGGUCAGGCUGAAGUUUUUGUAUCCUCAGAAGAGGCCUAAAUCCACUUUACCACUCAGAAGACAUCUGUGUAUCCUUGGUGCUGAAGGGCGUGUCCCACGGUGGUCCUGGGAAUCCAUGAGGACACAGCCAUACCUGACUUGUGGGGGCCAGGCAGAAGGUUUGGAGGGCUGGUGCAGGCUACUGCAGGAAGGGCUCAGCUGUGGCUUUCUCCCCAUUACGGUCACUUUCUGCCUGUAGCAUGGCCUUUGCCAUGGUCCUAACAGCAGCCACGCCUGGGACUUCUCUGAGACCUAGAGCAGGGGUGGAGAUUGAUGUUAAUGUGCAAUGAAGUGACAAGAUGGGAGCAGAACAGAAGAGCUUUGGAUUUGAAGUGAUUCCCCCCACCCCCCUCCAUAAAUUAUUUAUUUUUUCUUUUUUCUUCUGUAAAUAUAUUUAUUUUAUUGUGAAGCUAACAACAUCUGGAUUGUAACAUGUACAGAAUGUAUGGUAGGAAUGUAUUCUCUUGUAGGAAUGUAAAUCUAUAUGAAAAAGGGUAUGGGAGCCAGAUUCAGAGAAAAUUAAUUGAGUUCCAGUCAGGUUAUGCAUGGUUCAUGUGACCUUUUUUCCCCUCCCUCCACCCUCUUUCUCUAAUCUGGGUCUGGUUUGAAAUAUGCAAAAAACAAAAACAAAACAAACAAAGGCUUGGACGAGGGACAGUUUUGUGGUCAAAAUUAGUCCCUAUCAGGCUCCUACCCUGUAAGCAUCUCAAGAUGAGCCUCCCCCAGCACUCCGCUGGAAUCUGCAGCAGGAGGCAGCAGCAAAUGCCUUCAUCUCCAUCCUGCUGGCCUGGUAAAUGAAGCCCAGUUGAAGUCUCUUGGGCUGGAGAGCUGAAGAAGGUUGCAGGAUGUCGCCUCCAGCCCCAGCAGCUGUGCCAGAGCUGCCACCACCUCAUUGCCAGAAGGUAAGGCCGGACAAGAAGUCCUGGCCUCACGCUGCACAGGUGGCAGAGGAUUUGGUCGCUCAAGUUCAGACUACCUGCGUGGCUCCCUGUGGCCAACCAUUGCGGUCCUCAGCCACCAGGGUCCCUUCCAGAGCCCAGCGGGACUGCACAGCCCUGUAUGCAAAGGAAAGGGAGCUUCCCUCUGCUGGAGAAGGUCGUCGGGCAGCGUGACGUGAGGGGGUACCAGUCCGACCCCUUCCUUGCAGCCAGCUCCAACAGCAAGGCAGGAGAGCACUGUCCGAAGCAAUCACUGUAAGAACAGAUCUGGACCUUGCGAAGGCGAUUCUGGCUUUGUUCCUCACUGCUGUGUGGUAAUAGCCUGAGUUGUUCAAAAAACAAUGGUGUGAAUCCAAAGUUUACACUUUUAUCAUCAUUAAAUUGAGUCCAUGGCAAUGGGUCCUGUCUGACAAGGGGUUUAAUUCACUCCGGCAUCUUGUGAACUUUUUGUUCUUGUUGCAGGGUCGGGGUUUGAUUUUGGGUUUGCUUUGGGUUUUUCCUCCCCUCCUCCCCUCAUCAGGUUUCAGCAUCCUGCUUCUGUGUAAGUUGCUUUCAGUGCUUCUAAUUAAUUAAUGAGCCUGAGCAUUUUAAAAGGAAUUAGUUCGUUUUCUUUUAAGCACUUUCUCUGAGAAUAAACAAGUUCUGGAACCUCUUUAAAAAGAAAAAAACCAACAAACCAACACCAAAUCCCAACAAUCACAAAUUGCAAAUGAAAAUCCCAACUUCAACUCCCGUCUAGCUCUGAGCGUAAUCCAUACCUAGUGCCUGUGAAGGCCAAGAUUCUGGAAAAGGUGUAAAUAGUGUGACAUGUUCAAUGCAUGGUUGUUUGAACAGGGCUUGUUAUUGAAAAAAAAACCACAUUAAAAAAAAGAAUAAAAAAAAGCCAAAACAGAAAAAAAAGAUAAGAAACACACACCCCCCCCCCCCCCAAGAAAAAAAAGGCUGUAUUUCCCUUCCCCCCCACAGACCUUAGAGCUGUGCCUUUUCUAUGCAAUAUUACAGACAUAUACAUCUGAAAACAGAUUACUGUAUUCACAUGUAGGAAUGGGCUGUAAUCAACCCCCAGUUGGACAGAUGUACAUGGAAAUGAGCAGUCUUACUUUUGUAGUUUUAUAUUAUACAAUAAACAGUUCAAAAUCA